UUCUCAGCUCUAGCAGCAACCAAAAUAAAUGGCAAUUGACUUCCGCACUGCUGUUUACCGAUUCAAACACCAUGGCUCCCGGUGUCGGACUGGUCUCGGUUCUGCUCCUGAUUACACCAGCCGUCACAUACGCCACAACUCCCACUUUUUCUGUGGAUUACCAUCGAAACUGCUUCGUUAAAGAUGGAGAGCCAUUCCGCUACAUCUCUGGCAGUAUCCACUACAACCGGAUCCCCAGAGUCUAUUGGAAAGACCGGCUGCUCAAGAUGUACAUGGCUGGAUUGAACGCCAUCCAGACAUAUGUGCCGUGGAACUUCCACGAGCCGGUUCCUGGUCAGUACGACUUCAGCGGAGAUCGAGAUCUCGAGCAGUUCCUCCAGCUCUGCCAAGACAUCGGCCUGCUGGUCAUCAUGAGACCAGGACCCUACAUCUGUGCCGAGUGGGAUAUGGGAGGUUUGCCUGCCUGGCUGCUGAAAAAGAAGGAUAUUGUGCUUCGAUCAUCUGAUCCAGAUUACCUUGCAGCAGUGGACAAGUGGAUGGGGAACCUGUUGCCCAUCAUAAAACGAUACCUGUACCAGAACGGUGGACCAAUCAUUACUGUGCAGGUAGAGAAUGAGUACGGCAGUUACUUCGCCUGUGAUUUCAACUACAUGCGUCAUCUGAGCCAGUUGUUCCGGUUUUAUCUCGGGGAAGAGGCUGUGCUGUUCACUACUGAUGGGGCAGGUCUGGGUUACCUGAAAUGUGGAUCCCUUCAGGGCCUCUACGCCACUGUUGACUUCGGCCCAGGUGCAAAUGUGACUGCUGCGUUUGAAGCACAGAGGCAUGCAGAGCCACGUGGGCCCUUGGUGAACUCUGAGUUUUACACCGGCUGGUUGGAUCACUGGGGUGAGAAACACUCGGUUGUUCCCACAUCUGCUGUAGUCAAAACUCUUAAUGAAAUUCUGGAAAUUGGAGCCAAUGUCAACCUGUAUAUGUUCAUCGGUGGAACUAACUUUGGCUAUUGGAAUGGUGCCAACAGUCCGUAUGGUCCUCAACCCACCAGCUAUGACUAUGACUCUCCUCUUACAGAAGCUGGAGAUCUGACUGAGAAAUAUUUUGCUAUAAGGGAAGUCAUCAAAAUGUAUAAAGAUGUACCAGAAGGAAUCCUGCCUCCAUCAACACCUAAAUUUGCAUAUGGAAAAGUGGAAAUGAAGAAACUAAAGACUGUGUCAGAGACCUUGGAUGUUUUGUCUUUCUCCGGCCCUAUAAAAACACUUUACCCACCAACAUUUAUUGACAUGAAUCAGGCAUUUGGGUUCAUGCUUUAUCAAACUGUGCUACCAGUUAACUGCGUGAAGCCCACCCCGCUGUCGUCCCCCCUGAAUGGAGUCCAUGAUCGGGCAUAUAUUUCCAUUGAUGGCAUUGCUGCUGGUAUUUUGGAGAGGAACAAGGCACUCAGCAUCAAUAUAACGGGGAAAGCUGGAAGCCGUGUGGACGUCUUGGUGGAGAACAUGGGCAGAAUCAACUACGGCAAAGGAAUAAAUGACUUCAAGGGUCUAGUGUUUAAUCUGACUCUCGGUGCUGAUGUUCUGGUUAACUGGACGGUGUAUUCUCUGAGUGUUGAUGAAGCAGUGAGCGAGGGUUUGCUUUCAGCUUCAGGCUCCUCUUCAUCUUCUCCCAGCUCCACCAGCAGACCUCCACCUGCUCUUUCACCUCCAACCUUCUACUCCGGCAGCUUCAUCAUUCCUGAUGGCAUUCCUGACCUCCCUCAGGACACCUACAUCCAGUUCCCUGACUGGAGGAAGGGUCAAGUGUGGAUUAAUGGAUUUAACGUUGGCCGCUACUGGCCGUCCCGUGGGCCGCAGAUCACCCUCUUUGUCCCGGCUCACCUGCUCAGCACCUCCGCCCAAAACAACAUAACCGUCCUUGAGCUGGAGGCGUCCCCUUGCUCCUCGGGUUCCUGCAUGGUGGAGUUCACUGAUAUUCCUGUUUUAAACGCCACCGUAAACAACCAAUACGAAAGACGACUAUUCAACAAACAAGACCUCUUAUGAGUUUACAACCACUUCCAGUUCAUUUGUGCACCAAAAUUUUGUUCAUUUGAAGGAAUCCGAAGGAUGAUGUUGGAGAUCAUCAGCACUAUAUGGACGAAGUUAAAGCUGGAAUGUGUGAUCACUGUGAAUAUAAUGUUAUGCAAAUGAUCAGGGGUUGAUCAAGGCUGCUCAGGGACUGUGAUUUUGAAAAAUGUGCAGUGGAAGAUGAUUAUUACAACUUGCUAUGAAGUUAAAGGGAUGGUUAAACCUAUAAAUGAAAAUUUAGCAAUUAUUUUGUACUUUUAACUAUGUUCAAAACCUCUGUUGUUUACAUUUUCAUUUAGGCAUUUAGCACAGGGAUUCCCAAACUUUUCCGCCCUCGACCCCUAAAAUAAUAAUCCCAGUGACUCACGACUCUCGCUAUUUUUGGAGAUGGUUAUAAACAUACAAAUAUGCCAAGCAACGGCCUAUAUCACACGUACACCAACAGGCAUAUAUAAACACAAGCACACUGACAACACAAAAAAAAUGUGCAACAGUUUAAUUUUUAGUCAUUUAUUCAUUUGUUUAAUUUAAUAUCAACCUCACCUAACGAGAGUGGUGGGCACAAUGUUUUCAGCACAAGUUCUUGGUUUAAUUUUGGAGACCGCCGCUUGGAGAUCAUUUGUCUAUGUUUAGUCGUGGCCCGUAUUUAUUUUUAAUGUACGUGAGUGCUGUAAAGGUUUUAGAAAGUUUAGUCUUGUGCCAUAAAAUCAAUCUGCUGCUACUGACUGUGUCGUUAAUCUAAUGUAAACAUCUCAGGGGUCACGAUCCAAUCGACAGAAAAAAUAAUAAGCGAACGGCUGAUGGCUUUUUACUUACAUGUUGUAUUUUUAAUGUAAUUAUUUUUAUCUUCUGUAAGUUACGGAUAAAAUAUUGGAGUUUUAUUAGAUUAUAAAAAACUUAUUUGAUUUUCGGUAAUCGCCAAGCAACUCAUACACCAUACCACAUAAUGGCCACACACCCAAAGCACUUCACAAUCAGGAGGUGGGGGGGGGGGGGGGGUCUUUCCACACCACCCCCAGUGUGCUGCAUCUACUUGGAUGAUGCGACGGCAGCCACAGGACAAUGGCGCCAGUGCACUCACCACACACCAGCUAUUGGUGGAGUGGAGAGACGGUGAUAGAGCCAAUUCGGUGGAUGGGGAUGAUUGGGAGGCCAUGAUGGGGGAAUUUGGCUAGGAAAAUAGGGUUACACCCAUACUCUUUACGAGAAGUGCCAUCGGAUUUUUAAUGACCACAGAGAGUCAGAAGCUCGAUUUAACGUCUCAUCCAAAAGACAGUGCUCACUGACAGUAUAGUAAGCCCUUCACUAUACUGAGGCAUUAGGAAUCACACAGGUUGAGUGCCCCCUUUUAGCCUCAUUAACUCUACUUCCGACAGCAACCUAGUUUUCCCAUGUGGUCUCCCAUCCAGGUACUGUCCAGACUUAGCCCUGCUUAGCUUUAAUGAGUAACCGGUCUUGGGCUGCAGGGUGAUAUGGCUGUUUUUAGAUAGAGAAGAGUGUUUUUACAGGUGGUUUGUUAUGCCCACUCACCUGUGUGAGGCACACUUCAUAAAUGCACAAUGUUUUUUUUGUUGUUGUUUGUUUUUUUUUUGAGAUAUGGAGGGACUAUAAGAACCUGUCUGGUGCAAAACUAGGGCAAGUGUUAGUUAAUGUGUCAGUGAGAUGAAACGGUGUGUUUUCUACAGGUGGUUUGUAAAGCCCACAAGGCACAUUCACACUCUUUCUUCCUUUGAACGCAAAAGAAGAUAUUUUAAAGAAAGAUUGAACCACUGACUUUCAUAGUAUUUGUUUUUCCUCCUAUGGAACUCAAUGGUUACAGGUUUUUAGCUUUCUUUGAAAUGUAUUCGUUGCAGAAGAUGAAAGAAAGAAACAUAUAAAGGUUUGAGAGUGAGUCAAUUUUCAUUUCUGGGUGAACUAUGCCUUUCAGUGUUGAGGUAACGUAUUACAAGUAAUGCUAGUUACGUAAGAAUACUACUUUUCUAAGUAACGAGUAAAGUAACGCAUUACUAUAAAACAAUUAAGGCUGGCGCCAGUGGUUAGUGUGCCGACACAUGCGCUUCGGUGCUCAUGGCGACCCGAGUUUGAUUCCUACCUCGUAGUCCUAUGCCGAUCCUUCCUCUCUCUCUAAAAAAUAAUUAUAAAAAACAAAACAAUUAAGUUAUAAUAUUUGAGUUACUUUUUUAAAAAUGUCAAGCGAGUUACUUAGCUAUUAUAAUUAGCUUUUUUUAAAUUUAUUUCUAAAUUAAAAUUAGCGUAGGCACAUUGACUCGAUGAGAGAAUGCAUUUAUUAUUUUGAACACACCAAAAGGGGAUUAUCUCACUGGACAUUGAUUUUACUUUACUUAUAAGACGAAAUGUACAAAAGUAGCAACAGAUUGCUGUAAACUUACAAUAAUCUGUAUAUGCCGCAUGCUGAGGUCUGGAGUCAGGAAAUUCUCAGAAGAUAGUUUUCAAGGUAAAUGAAGGUGUAGGUUAACUGGAAGAACUCCUCUACUUAAAAAGCUGGAAAAAAAGUUGCAAAUGAUUAAAAGGUAACGUGAAAGUAACUCAAAAGUAACAUAAGGCAUUACUUACCAUAAAAAGUAACUAAGUAACUCAACUAGUUACUUUUUUAGGGAGUAAUUCAAUAUUGUAAUGCAUUACUUUUAAAACAUUCCCCAAUGCUGAUCCCUUUAUUAUACAUUUUCUACUACAGAUUUUAGAUUAUUCUAUUAUUUGCACUUUGUUAUUUUAAAUAAUACUAAAGUUUUUUGUUUUUAUGUGGACAGACAUGCUACAAUGUUAAUAAGUGCCUUCAUUGGUAAUUAGUAACUUUAAUUUUACACCUCAUAUUGGCUGGUGCUUUGAAAUAUUUCACUAUAUAAUGAUGCUGGAUGAUUUUUAUAAAUCUGUAUGUCUUUAAAAAUCUGUAU